AUGACAGGGCCAAGGCACCAACGUUACAUAACCAAGGGUAACAACCUGGUCAACUCAGAGAAAUCCACUCUAUACUCUGACGCAGGAGACCAAGCCCUGUAUAAAAUUGUCGAUACGCGCCUCCUCGGCUAUGAGUGGGUGCUUAUAUGGUCUUACGAGAACACCAGCGACAAUGACUACACCCAGAAAAACACAAUUACUACCACGCUGAGAACCAAGACUGGAAAAGAGACUGCUGAGAAUUUCAAAGUGAGCGCGGGAUUCUCGGGCAUGGGCGUUACAGCCACAGCAGAAGCUGGCGUAGAGCACAAGACAUUCACCGAAGAGGAGACGACUUCGACGACUCAACGCGAACAGACGUACACCUUCAAGCCUCAUUCUUCCGAUUUUAUAUACCAGAAGGUGUAUAAUUUCCAAGUGGAUGUAUGGUUCAAACUGGAUGCUUGGAACAAGCACUGGACGGUCGGCAACUGGCAGCGGGACGGAGUCGCACAAGUUUCGUCCGGUAUUGCCAUUUAUGCCAAUGAAUUCGCACAGACAGGCGAGGCAUUGGGCGGCAAAGCGGAUUUAGUGCCGGAGACGGUGCAAAGUGCAGAUGAAAAGACAAACAUUCGGCGGUUCGAGGAUUGCAGCAGCCGUGCCCAGUCGUAUCUUCACGAAAGGGGAGUUUGA